CAUUCAGAAUGACAACACACAAGAACCAAAAAAAAAAGAGAGACAAAACAGGCUGCUCCCUGCAGCCCCGCUUACCCCUUACUCUAAACCGGAUCUCUGCAGACUGACAGCUACGACCAAAAUUCCACGCUUCCCUACAGAGCCCCAGUCUGCCAGCAGGACCAGGAAGCCCCCCACCCCCAAAUUGAAAGUGCAUUUGAAACCUGUUUCAAUGCACUGCAGUUAUUAGCCUCAGCAAAAGGAGCUCUUGCGUCAACAACGUGCAAUGAAGGGGGAAGAGAGGCUUGCUCUCGGAACAAGCAAUGAGGAAUUACAGACCCUUGCAUCAGAACUGACCUUGCACAAUGCAAAGGAGCGAGCGAGCGCAAAGCUAGAACGCAGGGGCCUUAUUGGCCAUGUAGUUGGCAAGCUGCCCUCUCUCCCCUGGAUCUCCCCAGCUCCCAAUCCCUGCAAAACCCUGCCAAUGACCCACCCUACUUCUAACUUCCUUCCAGCUAUUCUAAAGGGCUGGCCAGCCUCCCGCCUAUUCCUCAGUUCAACAGGAUCCUGGGAGGAGAAAUUCUCACCCCAGAGGCAGAACGCGCUAAUGGAUCCAGUCCGCGGGUCCCCAAAUGCUCCAUGAAUUGCAUGGCGUCUCUAAGUCCUGGAGGGCAGGGAACGGCUGCUCAGCGGAGGUGAGCGGGAGUUUUUCCACAAAAGUUUGUCCCCAAUUCAAGUUCACCAAAACUUCUUGCAGGAAACAGAUGCAUUUUGGGGAUUGACAAAGUUUGGAGGAAAACAACGCUUUGAAACGGGCAAAACACCCUGUUGGGGCAUUUUCCCCCCAAGAAUUCUGGUUUCCUGGUUGAGAACGACAGCUGGAUUUGACAGGGUACAAAGAAAUGAAAACGGUCAACGUCAAAGUGCUGUGAAACGAUCCGCGUGAAACUGGCCGAUGGGCCCGACGCAAUUUUCCUUCCCAGCUUCCGUGAAACUUUUGGAGCUUUAAACUUUUGGUCCUGAUUUGGGACGGGAAAAUGAUCCGCUCUCGUGAAAGUGUUUGCAAGACAGGAAAUCUCUUUCCAGCCCAGCUCCUCUGCUCCGACUGACUGGUAGGGACGUCUCCGGGACCAACACCGAAUGAUGGAUAGGCCCCUUUCCAACGCCCCACACACUUCUGCGGCCUGUGCAGGAACCCCCCCCAGCUGGUGUGGAACUGGCUUGUGGGGUGGCCAAAGCACAAUGAGCUACAGUUCUCAGCUCCUGGGAGUUAUGGGAGUGGAGAGCAGACGUUAGAGCAGCCCCAAGGCUGCUGUUGCUUAGAACACGGAUCAGACAGGACCCAGCACACAGAUAACAGCAAGGUGGCUCAAUGCUACGGCUGUGUCCAACCACUUCUGGGCAUGUCCCAAACACGGGGAGCAGUUAGGGGAGAAUUAGGUCUCCCAGUCCAAUCCCCCCUUCACUGGCUCCAACUUCCCUCCCAGAGCUGGGGUGAGAACCCAACAGUCCUGGCACCCAUGAGCUCUGCACUAAUCACCAGACCCCCCUCUCCUCCCACAGAACCCAGGAGAUCUGACUGCUGUGUCACUGCUCCAUGCUGCCUCUCGGCAGCAGGGUUGUUUGCCUGGCACGUUUCACCGACGCUUGGCUCACACGCUUGUGUACAUGUGCCAGCUAAUGGGCCCUCCCCCAGCACCGUUGCAGGGAAGGAGGGGAAGGGGCUAUGCGUGAGUGAGUUCCUCCUUCGUAACCGCCUUCCCCAGGGUCAGCUGCCGCAUCCUGUUUCUGCAGAGGUCCCCCGUGAAUUGGAAAGGAGCCGCGGGUUCAUGCCCCUGAUGGCUUGGGAGACCACUUUGAUCACGGUCUCCAAGGAGGACAAGAAUAGGGGUAAUGCACCCAGCUGCUACUUAUCCAGGGCCUGCAGCAAUGCAGGGCUGAACCAGCUGGAGACGGAGGCCUUCGAGACAAAUGGGAUGAUCCAGGCGAUGCUCCCAGAUUCCCAGAAGAUCCUGAAAAACGAGCUGGAGAUCAUCAAAAGCCAACUCCAUGCCCAGGCCAAGGCCUUCGAAGCCCUGAGCCACUCGGUCUCCCUGCUGGAGCAGGAGAGCAGCCUGCAGCAGCGAAAGAUACAGCAGCUGGAAGAGGAGUUGAGCCGAGCCUGCGGCCCAGCCCAGGGGGAGAUGUUCGAGCGGCUGGUGGACGGGAAGAUCUUGGAGGUCUGGGCUGCCAUGGCCAAGGAGGUGGAAGGGCUGCAGGAGUCCCUGCUGGAGCGUCCCGACCACCGCAUGAUCCAGCGGGGGGACUCGCUGGAGAACCUGUCCUUGGACAUCCUGGAGAGCAAGAAAUUCCUCUGGGAGGAGCUGGAGGCAGUGCAAGGUGAGAUGAGGAGGAUCCAUCAGAAAUUGAAGGAUCAGGAGGACGAUAUAACCAAGAACCUCGUCAGCAUAAAGAAAAUGCACGAGAAUCAAGUGAAAUGCAGGAAGAUCCUGUCGCAGCUGAAGGGCAAAGGGCCGGGCGCAGAGGGGGCCCCGGAGUCCGUGGGCAGAGGCAGAGAUGCCAGGCCGGUCAAAAAGGAGCUGAAUGAUAUAUGGUCGGCCGUCAACACCCUGCGGAACUCCAUGGCCCACUGCAGCCUUCGGGGCGACGGCCAGGCGACGGUGAGGGUCGCAGGCCGUCGGAGCCGUCGGCACCAUGUGUCCAUCUCGGCCAGCCCGCCGGCCCCUGCCGCGGAGCCAGCCCUGCGCCUGUGCCAGGAGGAGAGCAGCUCAGACCACAGCUCUUGCGAGGGCCCCUGCCCCUAGGGGGGGCCGUGCCGGCUGAGAGCAGAGAGUGCCUGGGGCCUGCCGGGGCCUGGCCUAUGGAUGAGACAGAAUUAAACAGCUGCUUGGGAG